AUGGCGCGUCGCCUGGCGCUGCUUGCGCUGCUGGCGUGUGCGGUGACCGCGCACCGCCCGCCCUUUAAUUCCGAUGUCUCUGAAUCCGAAUCCUUCGACCCCUUUGUUGAUUGGGACGACUACGGAGAAUCCUACGAGACGACACCGCCUCCGCGUCGAACCACCACCAAACCCAGUGCUAAAGUGAUAUCAAGAGGCAAAGUUACGAAACUUAAUAUGACUCAAAAAAACAACAAACGUGAUGAUAAAAAUAAAGUGAUUAGAACAAAUAUUAAUAUACAAAGUUAUACGAAUUUUAUAGUAACAAAACCGACUCUAGUUUUAGACACGGUGAAGAUCAAUGCUGUUACGUAUUCCCCAUUUCGGCCUACGGGAAACACCAUAGUUGAUCACGAUGUUUGGAUGGACGAAAAUCUACAAAGGCCAAGUUCAAGUACGAGAAGACCGACAACACGUCGGACCACGACUACACGAGCAUCCACGACUCGUCGAUCUACGAAGACCACACGCCGGUCGACUACAACUCGUCGACCGACGACACGUAAAUAUCGUCUUACGCCUAAAACAGCAAAACCGCAGAAAAAAAAGAAGGCCACAUGCCCACAUAAAAGCUCAGGAUGGUUGUCGUCAUUCUUUCAAAAUAAUCAGCUGAAAAAAUCACCAAAAAAAGAAGCUAAAACAGGUUGGUUUUUAGAUAUUAUCUCCCGGAUAUAUAAAUGGUUGUGGAGUUCAAGACUGUCGUGGUUCGGCAGCCAAUGGUUACAAGAAACACAAGCUAAGCAGUCAACGACCACAACCACAACUCCUGUUCCUUUGACAACUUCGACCAGCAACUGGUUCCAACUCUUAUUGGAUUCUGAAGAAAAUGAUAACGUACCGGCAUCAAUUGACUAUAACAAAAAACCAGCGAAGAAAUCUAUGAAAAAGAAUUAUAAAGGCUAUCAAUUGUUAAGGACAUACCCAGAUGUGCGUUGGAAAGUACAAGAAAUGCUAGACCUUCAAGAAGAAGGUGAAGGUUCUGGUCUCAUGUGGUGGACUCCACCAUCUCUAAAUGGUUCCACUGACCUUCUCGUUCCUCCAGAUCUCUUAGCAGAUGUAAAAGAUCAUUUGAAAUCUAAUAAAAUUGAUUACGAUGUUGUUAUCUACGACCUACAGAAAGCGAUUGCAUUUGAGAAUCCAAGACUUUCCAAAAGGCAAAGAAUUGAGCUGGAGCAACUACGCGGUCAUCCUAUGACGUGGCGAAGAUACCAUCGUUAUGCAGAUAUUCUUCGCUAUUUAGAAUACUUGCAACAUUCAAAUACCGAUAUUGUGGAGUUGGUGCCAUUAGGUAGAUCAUCAGAAGGCUUACCACUUGUUGCUGUUAAGGUUUCCCUUCCAUCAAAUGAUACUCAAGCAAAAGGUUCAGCAAGCAAAGGGCAAAAGAAAUGGAAGCUUAAAUCCCAUAUGAAACCAGCGGUGUGGAUUGAUGGAGGCGCUCACGCACGCGAAUGGAUAGCGCCAGCUGUAACCACUUGGAUGCUACAAGCUUUGGUGGAAGGUGAAAAGGGUUUAGGUCCUGAUUACGAAAUGCUCAAAAUAGCGGACUUCUACAUCUUGCCUGUAUUAAAUCCAGAUGGUUACGAACACUCCCAUACUUACGAUAGACUGUGGAUGAAAACGCGUUCCCGCCUCCCCGACCACUCCGAUGACUACAGUGGCUGGUUUCCAUGGAACUGGGGCAGUUCUGAAUGUGUGGGCGUAAACGCUGACCGCAACUGGGAUUACCGUUGGGGGGAAAAGGACUCCUCGCGUGAUCCCUGCGCGGAUAACUACUCGGGACCACAUCCGUUCAGCGAGCCUGAGACACGCGCGGUAUCUGAGUUCCUUGCUGAACAGAGGGGGCAAAUUAAGGUUUAUUUAUCAUUUCACGCGUACUCCCAAGCUUGGAUUACACCAAGCUCUCAUGCAGUCGCACCUUUUGCUGAUGACGGAAUUAUGUUGGAAAUGGGCAAACUCGCCACAGCAGCUCUCGCUGACAUGUAUGGAACCAAGUACCAGGUUGGAACUGCCGCCGAAAUUCGUCAACCAGCAUCUGGUAUGUCCCACGAUUGGGCAAAAGCGCGUGCGGGUAUCAAAUUUUCAUAUCAUGUUGAUCUUCGUGACUCCUUCGGGCCUUAUGGUUUUUUACUGCCAGGAUCACAAAUAGUUUCAACAGCUCGCGAGACUUGGCAAGCAGUUAAAGCGAUUGUAGAUAAUUUAACACCCGGAUAA